GAAUGUAAUCAUGAUAAAGAUGCUGGAAUGAUCUGCUCAGGAGUGAGGCUGGUCAGUGGUCCUCGCUGCUCUGGGAGGGUAGAGGUGCUUCGUGGGAAAACCUGGGCCACAGUGUGUGAUGCUGACUUUGACCAGCAGGAUGCAGAGGUUGUGUGUAGAGAGAUGGGCUGUGGGCCUCCUGUGGAGAUGCUGGGAGCAGCUGCUUUUGGCAGAGGGGAUGGCCAGGUGUGGACAGAGGAGCUUCAGUGUAGAGGCAACGAAUCUAAUAUUUACUCUUGUCCGACAUCUUCAUACAAACACAGUUGCUCUCAUGACAAUGAUGUGGGUCUGUUGUGUGCUGAAUAGAUUGUCUUCACUCUAUUCAUUCUGUCUCCCACAGACAGUGUGAGACUGGUGGAUGGUAGUACUCACUGUGCUGGGAGAGUAGAAGUUCUUCACAGAGGACAGUGGGGAACAGUGUGUGAUGAUGACUGGGAUAUGAGAGAUGCUGCAGUGGUGUGUAGAGAGCUGGGCUGUGGGGAGGCUGUAGAUGUACUGGUUAAUUCUCACUUUGGACAAGGAUCAGGAUUAAUCUGGAUGGAUGAUGUGGACUGUAGUGGAUCAGAGUCUACACUGAAGAACUGUAGAUCAGCAGGUUGGGGUAAACAUAACUGUAAUCAAACUAAAAAUGCUGGAGUUAUCUGCUCAGGAGUUAGGCUGGUUGGUGGUCUUCGCUGCACUGGUAGAGUGGAGGUGCUUCAUGGGAAGACGUGGACCACAGUGUGUGAUGCUGACUUUGACCAGCAGGAUGGGUUGAGACUUUAA